AUGUACGAUGCCACUGGUAAGAUCCUACGCGCCGAAGCUCGACUUCUGGAUGGCCCUCUGUACCGUCACAUCAUCAUCAACGACCCAUGGAUCCUUGAAGCAUUCACCAUUCGAACAGACCAAGGUGGAUACGUCCGCUUUCCGCCAGAGACAAAGCUCCAGUUUGAGCCAGUCGGACUAGACAAUCUGGACGCAGACGCUCCUUUUCCUGACACUGCGCGCUUGACGGAUGUGACAAAGGUCCCAGCAUCCGAAGCUUUUGCGCGACAACAUGCCGAUGAGGGCGAUCGCGCUGUAACAAAGAACAACCGCGCAGCAACGAAUCGAGGCUUGUCUGACGCUCUCGAUCAGCCAGAAGGUGAAGGCGGCUGGGAGUCCAGAGGAGGAGACGACGCUCAAGUACCCGAUAUCACCAAACCUGCACCUUUUGCGCCACCAAAUAUAGUAGCUACAGCACCAGAACCUGCGUCAGCGCCCAGUCCACAAGAGUCCGCCGCAACCACCGAGGCAGCCGCUUUCGCCUCCAUUACCCCUGAUCAUCGCUGUGGUCACCGCAUCACUUGUAAGAUUUGCCACUCCACUCCUUCUCUCCCCUGGCUCCCAUCUACCGCUGACACCUACAUGGCGAAGGUCAUAGUGCGGAUGAGCGCCGGCUUGACUCAGGCUGACCAGUUCGAAUUCGGACAAAUGUACAACCUCGGCAUCGCAGUAUCAAAGAAGACGAGUGCUAUUAAGAAAGAGUUCCAUCAUAGGCUACGAGAUUUCGUGGUGCGACAUGGCAUCAUGGAUCUGUACAACGAGUUCGCGACUCGGCAGCGUAUACAUGCCAAGGAUCGCUACUAUCGACUCCCUUUGUUUGAGGAUCAUUAG